ACCUGUGUAUGUCGCAAGCAAAAGAGUACAGAGACAAUACCCCUUUCUCUCUCUUAUUCUUGAUUACCUGCAACACUCUUCCCAUUAUUCAAAGUCCCGUCUUUCACCUCCUUCUUUUACCAUUUUUAUUGUUGCAUAUCCCAUUUGGAGGACUAUUAGCUUGGGUAAUGUAUUUUUUCCUUGAAGAAAUUUAAGCAGAACCAGAUGCAACAAGCAUAUGAAAUAUGUAUUUUGUUGAAAUGCUAAUGUUAAAGAUGGAUAUGUGGAAUUGAUAAGACAAAAUGAAUAAAGUAAUAAUGUAAUGCUGAAAGAUUGAUGAAGAGAUGUAGAAGGUACAAAUUGAUCAAGGUGUUCUUAUGUUUUACCCAUACUCAUGGAAAAAAUGGAGGAAAAGAGGAGAAAAUAAAGCUGAAUAGAGAAGUAGACUCAUGUAGCUGGCCCCAAGUAGUGAGUAAGUGACAAAGACUAGCAUCUUUGCGCGUGUCCCAUCCUCUUCUCCAACCUUUUUGACAAAGGUCAAAAUAUUGUUGCCAACUCCCAUGGAGGUUAAACUAUGGAAUGAUAAGCGGGAAAGAGAAAUGUACGAAAACUUUGCAGAGCUCUUUGCUAUAAUAAAGGCAACCGAAAAGCUCGAGAAGGCUUAUGUUCGUGACAUCAUUUCACCAGCUGAAUAUGAAGCGGAAUGCCAGAAGUUGAUUGCUCAUUUCAAAACUUUAUCUUCCACGUUGAAAGAUACCGUACCUAGCAUUGAGCGAUUUCAUGAUACCUACAAAAUGGAUUGCCCUGCUGCCUUAAACCGGCUUGUGACCUCUGGGGUGCCUGCCACUGUGGAGCACCGUGCCGCCGCUGCUACAUCAUCUGCAUCCUCAGCUUCUGUUGUGGCUGAGUGUGUGCAGAACUUCAUCACUGCGAUGGACUCUUUGAAGCUGAAUAUGAUUGCUGUAGACCAGGUCCAUCCCCUUUUGUCAGACCUAUCAUCUUCCCUUAAUAAACUUUUAAUACUUCCAUCUGAUUUUGAGGGGAAGACAAAGAUGAGAGAGUGGCUCUCAAGGCUGUCAAAAAUGGGAGCUGCAGAUGAGUUGACAGAACAGCAGGCCCGUCAACUCCAUUUCGAUCUUGAAUCAUCAUACAAUUCUUUCAUGGCGGCACUGCCCUCUGCUGGAACUUAAUUGCUUAUUUCAGGUGAUAUGUUUGUACAUAUGUGGCUGAAUUCUUGUUUUUUUCCUACAAAGUUUAUACUACAUAUGAUGCUUAAUUUGGUCGAAGUGCUGAUUGACGAGGAUUCAGAAAAGAGUCUUGUAAUUUGUGGAACUUGUGUCUGGUGGUUCCAUUUUAUUCAACAUGAACUCAGCCCCAGACAAGAUGCUUAUUUGGUUUGCAUGUCUUUUCUUUUGUUACAUUAAUCAUAUUACAAGAAAAUAUUGAGCUGUUAGAUAUGCUUUUGUAAAUUUAAGUGGAAAUUUUGAUGUAAAACUAAGUUCCAUGGUAUUAAAUCAACUCAAGUAAUAUCACAUUUGUUAUUUUGGUUA